GCUAUGUAUUGUUUACCAUGUGAAUAUGACGUGGAGAUAAUAAAAUAACCAGAAAAACAAUCUCUGCAAAAGCAAUUAAUAAAUUCUUUCGAUUGAAUGUGGAAAUUCUGGAGGUGACGUUAAAAAACGUAUUUGAAUUGAAUUUAAGAAGGAUUUCCCUCACGUCAAGAUGUUUAACUUUACGGACUCACAGAAAAUCGGGGCUGGUUUGGCUGGAAUGGGAGUGGCUUUUAUUUUUUUAGGCAUUCUCCUUUUCUUUGACAAAGGCUUACUUGCAAUUGGAAAUUUGUUGUUCCUGGCGGGCCUAGCCUUCAUUAUAGGGAUGAAGAAAACAUUGUUCUUCUUCUUCCAGCGCACGAAGAUUAAGGGUUCAUCAUUCUUCUUCUUAGGAAUAAUAAUUGUGUUUCUUGGAUGGCCUAUUAUCGGCAUGAUAGCUGAGCUCUAUGGUUUUAUACUUCUGUUUGGAGGAUUUCUGCCCAAUGCUGUUUACUACAUCAGACGAUUACCAGGGCUCAGUAUUGUACUAAAUCUUCCUGUAAUCAGUACAAUUGUUGAUAAACUGGAGUCUCAAGAUGCUAGAACACGAGUGUAGUGGGUGAAAGUGUGCGUGUGAAUUUGCUGUGCUGUACGAAUAAAUGUCAGUGCCACUGCUGAUCAACUAUCGAAAUUGUCACUAAAUAAAGUGUAAUGCCAUAAGCGCAAGCUCAACUAAAUAACGUCUAAAACUA